AUGGAGAAAUUAGAUGGUCCCUACAUCAUACUUGAGUAGAUCACUCGACAGGAGAGUCUAUCAAAAAGUCUGACAUUUAUGCAUGCUUUUGGAACAUGUUCUGUAUCGAUAGGCAGAGGACACAACAGUGAGAUUAGAUGUCAAGAUAUAUCAGUCUCAAGAAAUCAUGCAAAUAUCUCAUAUGAAAAAUUCUGGUACAUCUAAGAUCAAGGCAGCAAGUUUGGUACUUUGAGGAUCAUUCAAAACAAACUACAAUUACUAAAGGAAGUUUAAGAAAUAUAAAUUGGAAGAGUCUUGCUCAAGAUAAAAAUAAUUUGA